AUGGCUUCUCACGAGAAAAGCCGUAUCGUGAGUAAUUUUAAGAUGCAUGGUUUAACUCCUCGGAGUGAAGCCAGUAAGUACCUCGUUGAGGUGCUGGGUCCGCUAAGUCCCAAUGCUAGAGAGAAAUGGCUUGACAAGAUUAUCGAGUGUUUGCUGAAACAGUCGUUAAAAAGUGCCCUCGUAGACCGCGCAGCUUGCGAGGCAGCUGUGAAGGAAUGCAAUGCCGAACACAGUGACGAUAGUGAAAACGCCUUCUUGGUCAUCGAUGCUUUUUCGGUGCCUAGAUUUACUUACGUGUCUGCCAGAAAACGGUUCCUGCCAAAUAGUGAACUUGCCAUAGGGGCACCUACACUUCAUGGUUCCGCCAGUGAUAAAGUUAACCUGUUCAGGGAGCACUAUGCUAUCCUCCAUCAGCGCACUGCACGUCACGAGCUGUUCACACCACCGGCAGUUGGUACAGUCAAAGAGUUACAGAACCGGAAAUUCCAGCUUAAACCCAUCGAAUACCUGCUUGGAAGUUCGACAAAAAUGGGUGAGAUAAUAGUAUUGGGGAUGUUGUCACAGCUGAAGGAAGGCAAGUGGUUCUUGGAAGACCCAACUGGUGUGGUACAACUGGAUCUGUCAAAGGCGAACUUCCACAGUGGACUAUUCACAGAAAACUGUUUUGUAUUGGCAGAGGGAAAGUACGAAGAUGAAGUGUUCCAUGUUAAUGCAUUUGGUUUUCCACCACCAGAGCCCGCAAAACAAACCUGCUCUUUUUUUGGCAACAUUAAUUUCUUUGGAGGUCCAUCACCAACAAGUGCAAGGACAUCUGUUAAGUUGAAACAGCUGGAAGAAAAUGCUGAUUCUAUGCUAGUUUUUCUCUCAGAUGUCUGGCUGGAUGACACCAGAGUGAUGGAUAAGCUCAGAUUGCUUUUCUCUGGUUAUGCAGAAUUUCCUCCUACGUGUUUUGUUUUUUGUGGAAAUUUUCUGUCUGCAUCGUAUGGAAAUUCCCACAGUUCGAUUUUAAAGGAAAACUUGCAGAGCCUGGGCAAUCUUAUCAGUGAAUACAAGGAGCUUGUCGAAAACAGUAGAUUUGUUUUUGUUCCUGGUCCCAAUGAUUGUGGAAUGGCAACAAUACUUCCACGAACAGCCAUCCCAAGCUGUUUGACUACAGGAGUCACAAGUAAGUUGCCGACUGCUGUGUUUGCCAGUAACCCUUGCCGCAUCCAGUACUGCACGCAGGAGAUCGUUGUUUUCAGGGAGGACAUUGUAACAAAGAUGUGCCGUAACUGUGUCAAAUUUCCUACUGAUAACAAUAUUCCUUCCCAUUUCGCAAAGACAGUAAUUAGCCAGGGCCAUUUGUCGCCCUUGCCUCUGCAUGUGUCACCAGUGUACUGGGCCUACGAUAAUGCAUUGCGGAUCUAUCCACUGCCUGAUCUGAUUGUGUGUGCUGAUAAGUUUGACCCUUUCUAUGUGAUGCAGACAGACACAACAGUUAUGAACCCUGGCUCCUUCCCUCGUACAGGAUUUAGUUUCAAAGUGUAUUUGCCUGCUUCUAGACAGAUUGAGGACAGCAAGAUAGAAGAGUAGUGUUUCCUCUGCGCUACAUAGGUGACUGGACAGGUUGAUCUAGAAAUCAAAUGCCUGACCAUGAUUGGACUAGCUAGCGCCAGAGAGUUUUGCCCUUAAUUGAGUACUUAUUAAUUAAAGAAAAGACAAGAAGACAAUAUCAUCCAGACAAGGGUAACAGUUCUAUAUAAAAAUAUAUUUACUUGUUUGAUUUUAACCUUUCUAGAAUAUAGAAUAAAAUAUAUUUGAGAUGGGCACUGUUGACCAUAUGUGUAUCAAGGCAUCAAUGAUGCAAGAUAAUUUUUGAUAGUUUUUUGUGGUAUGUAUGCUGAUGAAAGUUCUCUGUCUUGUCUUUUCCUAUAGGAAUAGUUAUUAUUAAAGCCUUUGUUUGUAUGUGUCAUGGCAUGCGCAAUGUUGGACGAGUACUUGAAUCGACCUCUUCAUACUGUGAUACAGAUAAUUGAAAACUGGUGCAAAAUGAGAUUUUUCCUCAGCAAGAAACCUUGAAGUGUUCUAAAUUGUAAAGGUUGUUAGGCACUCCAGGUGAAUGUUUGGUUUAAGAUAUUAUUAAUCAGAACGUUUUUGAUGUGGAUAAUUCAUUAUCUUGGUACAGUGUAAUGCUAAGCCAAAAUAUGAUUCUCUGUGUGCCAUCAGUAAAGUACAUGUAUAUCCUAUGCACAGCUAGCCCAUUAGUUUCAUUAGAUUUUAAAAUCCAUAAAUUUAAUAUUUAUAUUUUUUUAUGCAAGCCGUCAAUCCGCCAGGUGCCCUUCAGUGAGUAUCACUGAGAUAAGCACAACUAGAAUUGGCUGAAUUUUGUGUGUUCUGGAAAAAAAUGUUUUCAUUCUAGGAUGAAACAAAUUAAGGUACAGGUAGUUUAAAAUUUGUGAAAGGCUUCUUUGUGAUUAGAUAAGAAAAAAUGAGUUUAGUUGGUGUGGUGAGAGGGAUGUGUCUAUGUCAUCUUCUGAGGACUUAUGUUUUAUAUGGCAAAAUUUUUAGCAUUCAUUGAAAUACAAUUUUUAGAAUGUGAACUAAGCUUUAGCACCAGGGCCCAGUUGUUCGAAAAUGUAUUAGCCAAAAAGUGUAACAGCAGCAGUUUAAGUUCAUAUGUAAGAUAAUGUUACACAAUGUUUUUUAGACCAAGUACAAAACUGAAGACUUGGUAUAAAGUUAAAUCUAAGUCUUAAACCACUGGUGAACAACCAGACCCUGAUCAUGAGAUGUGUACGAGGUCAUUUGCUCUGAGUAUUAUCAAGUGCUCUCUACUAAGGGUUAAGGAUAUUUCUCUGUAAACAUGUGCUGUAUUUUAUGUAUAAUUGUAAUGCAUGUUGUAAAAAUAUACACAUAUUAAUCAUUAUUAAAAAUUACAUCAUAACCUCCACACUCCUGUUUAUACAUAAGAAUUUGUAAGUAUGUAAAUUUUGACAUUUUCAAAUAGGCCUAUUAAAACUGCAU